AUGCCAGCAACAGGUAUUGGACAUCAUAUUAAUCCAUUAAAUAAUCCUUUUCCAAAUCGACCAAAUCAACCAACACAACAAACAGGAGGCACGCCACAUUAUGGUGGUGGUACUGAAAAGUGUGCUCGAUGCUCGAAAUCUGUUUAUUUAGCAGAGAAAAAACUUGGAGCUGGUCGAGCAUUUCAUUCAAGUUGCUUUAGUUGUUGUACAUGUAAAAGAAAAUUAGAUGCAGCUACAUUAUCUGAACAUAAAGGUGAAAUUUAUUGUAAAUCAUGUUAUAAAAAACAAUUUGGUCCUCAUGGUUUCGCUAGUGGUGUAGCAAUGUCUACUGAAAAAUCAACAACAUAUGAGUAUCAUCCUACACGUCGUUCAUCUUAUGGUAGUGAUCUUGACUCAACAAAUACAUCAUUUCAACAAACACGACAACGAGCUAAUUCAAGUGAACAUCUGUUUCGGGAUGAAUAUAGUGCUACAAAACAAAAUGAUGAAUUUUCAAGAAAAUCUCCACAACGUAAUGAUGCUAUGGUUGAUACAAAAUAUCAAAGACCAAGUAGUCCAACAAGAAGAGAAAAACCUUUUGAAUCAAAUACAAAUAAUGAUUCUCAUCGUUCAACUUAUAUUGGAGAAAAUGAUCGAAGUAAAUAUAUACGUGAAAGUGAAAAAUUGCCUUAUGGUAGUGGAACAUCAAAAAUUGUCGAUAUACCUGUUAUCUCUAAUACUAAACGAUCGGAUUCAAUGGUUGACAAAAUUGAAACACCAACAGACCCGACAAGAGAUAAUCGACGAAGUCGAAGUCCAUCAAUAACAUCGAAUGAUUCUUAUCAACGACAAAGUAGUAGCGAACGAAAAAAUAGUCGCGAACGACAAACUGCUUCUGCAGAUGAUUAUUCUCAUUCAUACAUCAAUAUGGACAAUAAUAAUAGAAACAAUAGAAAACCUUCGAAUGAUAAUACAGUAAAUACGAUUGUUUCUGACAAUCCAGUUACAACGGGAGAUUAUCAUCGUUCAUCGUCAUCAUCAUAUGAAAGUAAAUAUAGAAAUACUACAUCAACUUCAAAUUUCAAUGAUCGACGUUCACCAUCACCACAAAAUACUAACCGACAAUCAUCGGCUUUAAGUGAUUUUAUAUCAAAAACAACUAUUACUACUGGAAAUGUAUCUCCAUCAACUGGUAAAAAAUAUUCAGCAUUGGAUUCUUUAGUUACUAAUGCUCGAGAAAAAAAUACUCAAUAUGAUGACGAUGAUUUUGAUAAUUAA